CGAGCGGAGAAAACCUCUUUUCUCCGUCUUCUCCAUCUAUCGCGCUCAACUAGCUAACGGUAAAGACAGGAGCAUCUCUCAAUGGCAUAACAACAAACAAAGUCAUUCUAUCCCUCCAUGGACUACCACGCUUAUCCCCACUAUUGCUCAUGUGACCCCUUCUGCUUUCUGUGACUCCCGUGCGAACAAAGGAAAGACCAACUCCUGUUGUCCAUAGCCUCCGGUAUUCCUCAUGGCCUUUUCGUUUUCCUUCCAGUGGAUACACUGCUCCGGGACUCCCGUGCAUUCCCGCGGCCGAAGUGCUUUGCCCAAAAGCCAAACUGCGCGGGCGGAAACCAGAGCGCACCCGAAGCCAGAGUGCACCCGAAACCAAAACUCACUCUCAGAGACUACCCGGGCAAACAGACGAACAAGCUGUUGGAAAUCCCGAGAUGCUGCUCGGCAUACUCGUACCUUCUCCUACCACCACCCCCCUUCCCCCGUUCCUUUCCUCCACUGUUUGUUUGUUUCGUUCAUUCGCGAAGUGGUUUCUCUGCUCACACUCUAGUUAGCUUUCCUUUAUUAGUUUCCGGGAGCGUGCUUUAGUUCCGGGCGCACUCUGGCUUCGGCCGCACAGGGUUCGGAAUCCGCCGGGAGGCGCGGAAGGAAAGGAGCGUGCAGGAGGAGGAGCGUGGAGGCAGCGCAGGCACAAAAGGACGGUGCGCAAGGACAGCGUGGAGACAGUGGGGGCUGGAAGGAAGGUGGCGGUCAAGUCCGUCUUUCCUUUGUUAGCGGUUUGUUUGCGAGUUGGGGAGGAUAGAAAGACUAAGCGAGAAAGAUUGGAGAGCAUCGUGAAGUUUGUUCUUUUGUUAGCUUGUGUUUGCUAGUAUGUGGGGGACUUACCUGGGGGGGGAGGACCGGAGGACUUGGUUUGUAGGUUUGUCGUUUAUCGCUGUCAUGAUAUAUACUCCUGUCCCUACCGUUAGUUGAUGUUAGGUGGUUGCGCGCAAUAGUGAGC